AUGGACACCAGCACCCCUAAGCUUCGAUAUCAGCCCUACCGGCUGAAUAGUCUACCUGAGCCACCCGAGGAUUGGUCUAUGCUGGGGGAGGGCGAGAUGAGGUGCUUGAACCGGUUCCGGCGAACGGAAUUAGACAGUCUAUUGACCUUCCAUUUCUGGGGAAUUGAUCAUGGAAUCCAAGGCACAAUUACAAAUGGAAAACGCUUGAAGGCUCUUCAAAAACUCAUUUACUAUCAAGAGCCUGGUCACCGGCCGCAGUCACUCGCUGAGCUUGUGGACUUCGAACGUGAUGCUGGACCUAGAUUGUUAAACCAGCGGCUCGAGCCACGGCCACUGCCUAUAUCCCGGUUCUAUCCUGAUCCUCCUCACCCUGCCCAUUCGCGCCUCAUCAUAGGUUAUCUUCGACCUCCUGACAUACCCAGCGACAUUUCCGACCUCUAUGUGCAGCAAUUCUACUUCCCACCCUGGUUAGUUGAAGGGCUCCUUCCUUCGAGCUUCUCGAACUUUCCCGCAAGUAACUUGGGCAAAGCAGUAGGGCUGACUGAAUGCGCGUUAGGGGUUGGAACUCCCAAAGUUGUGCCAGUUCCCUGGCAGCCGGAUGCUAUGGAUGUGGCGACUAUUGACAACAACGAAGAAGCAUGUAUUGAUUCCGCCUUGGAUACGACAGUGGUUGAAGCUAUCGAGCGUGCGGUCAUGCGCUUUGCAUAUAAAUCCCUGGAGCGGCACCCGAGCGCUUUCUCGCGACUCGCACGUCCUUCACUAACAGCAACAACUCCGCAUGAUCUACUGAAAGCAGUGGUUGGGUCAUUCUCUGCAACCUCUCGGGUGGCCCUAUCGGGGGAUGUUGAUCAGUUCGAUCCGCAGGGGACGCUGUACCAUUAUUGCGGGCGUGGACCUGUGUACCGGGGCUCUUCUUCUACAGUCGAUGCCAUAAUCGUGGCUGGCAUGUUCCUUGACGCUGGCUUGACCGUAAUCGACCGCACUGAUGGAUGGGAAAAUCGCUUCCAGAAAUUCGAACAAGCGUUCAUCGACGCGAUAGGCAUGAACUGGGACGUCUACUCCGCACAGGUUAGCGCUGACAUGCGAGAUCUCUUUUGGGAGAUUCUUUCAAAAUGUGUCCACGUUCCAGAUCCUAACGCCUUAUUAAGCAUGUGGUUAUGUUGUACGGAAAACUUUGCCCAGUUUCACUUCUCCCACCGCGACGUUUUGGGGGGCUGUGACUGCAGGCCCGACGUGGAGAUUUUCGAACAGUCCUCUACCUUUGCCGCACCAUCAGGACGUGAAGACAUAAACGGUGUGUCUAUGGAGGAGCUUCUUGCUCGUUACUUCGCCCCCGUGGACUACUGUACAGGAUGUGGCAAACAAGCUUUCUGUAGAACUGUCAUCCAGCUACCAAUGCGCCUCGUCGUCUCCCCGGGUGACCCGAUGCGCAUAAGAAGACAUACCGGAAAUGUGACUUUUUCAUAUUGCGACCAGCACGGACAGAUCCAAACAGCCACCUACCGCUGGAUCGGAGGAAUAUACUCCAAGGGCACGCAUCGUCGAGUGUACUGGACCGACUCUGAGCGAGGGGAGCGAGACCAAGGCGAGAUCCGGAUGUACGACAGCCAAGUAAACCUGGGUCUCAUCGUCGGAGGCAUUCCUCCCGCAUACCCAGAAGACCGUGUUCCCGCGGAAUGGUGGCAGAAUGUCAACGAUUUGCCGCUGCUAUUCUAUGAACGUGUCCUGAAUCCCAGCUCGGAGGUGUUGAACUCUGCUCGCGCGUCUAUCACCCGGAUGGUAAAUAUGCAGAGACAGAACCAGCUAAUCCUGCAAGAACACGAUCCCUGGACUCCACUGAAGGCGAUGGAAAUGAUUCCGUAA